AGUGACGCCAGGUUGCUAGGAGACGGUGUCCGAGCGACCUGGCUAAAUCUGGCACGGGUUUCCAUCUAGCAGCAGGCUCGGCCCCGGGGUCUCCCCAUCUGCCGCGACCAUGUCCGUCACGGCUUCCAUUCCUGGUGUGAGCGACAAGGACAAGAGCCACGUGGGCUCGGAGAACACCUACAUCCUGCGUCCCGUCUUCCAACAGAGGUUCCGACCCUCUACGGUGAAAGAAUGCAUCCACACCAUACUCAAGGAAGAAUUGGCAACUGCUCAGUAUGAGCCAAGUGAAAUGCCUGCCCUCACAAAGUUUUUAUCAGAGAGCAUCAAAAAUAAAUUAAAAGAAAUGGGAUUUGACCGAUACAAAAUGGUGGUACAAGUAGUGAUUGGAGAACAAAGAGGUGAAGGAGUAAAUAUGGCUGCUCGAUGUUUCUGGGAUGCAGACACAGACAACUAUACUCAUGAUGUUUUUAUGAAUGACAGUUUGUUCUGUGUUGUAGCUGCAUUUGGCUGUUUCUACUAUUGAUCCUUUGAAGAGCAUGGUAAAGAAAUAUGACCAAAAAAGAAAUGAAAUUUUUCUUUAUGUGCUGAAUUUAUAGUUCAAUAAACAAGCAUUUGUACAUGUCUUAUUAAAAUAAAGAUUGGUUGAUAGUUUGGCAACUAUCAGACCUAUCCUAUUUAGGACUUUUUUUAUUUUUACCUUUGUUUUAUAUUUUGAAUUUUUGGUUAUUUGUACUUCUAGAAUUUUCAUUCACUGUGCCCUUGGAAUUGACACAGAUUUUGAAUAAAAUGGAACCUCGGAUAUCCCAAAUCAUUACUUCAUUGGUAUGCACAUUGCUAUUUGGGGCAAACUAGCUAGUCUGGGUUGUCUAAAUCCAUUUUUUUUUUAAUAGGAUCAAAUGGUUCUUAGUAUAGUAGACACUCAGUAAAUAUUAAAUGAGGUCGGUUUUCAGCCAGACUUGUAAAUGUGAUAAAAUGGAAAAAGCACAGAAUAAGGAGUCAGAACAACUAAGGUUUUGCCCUGGUUCUAUCAUUAGCUGUCUAACCCUAGGCAUGUCACUUCAUUUUUCAGGGUCUACAUUUCCUUUUCAGAAUUAGCUGACUUCUGAAGAGUUUUUUCCAGGUCUAAAAUUCUAGGAUCUUUUGUUUAUUUAUUUUAAACUUGGAUGUUUUUUCCCUCCAAUCUAAAAUGUACUUGUCCCUGUUAAACUUCAUCCUGUCUGUCAUAUUAUAUUUGGUAUAAAUGCUUGUUAUGACCUUGACAAGCUAGUAAAUGAAUUGGAAACAAA